GCCGCGGAGCCGCCGUCUCCUCCGUCUACUUCCGGCUCGCCCACUGACUUCCUCAAGGGGGUCGUCGGAAAGCGCGUGGUCGUCCGGCUUACCUUGGGGGUGGACUAUCGAGGAAUACUGUCCUGUCUAGAUGGGUACAUGGAUAUCGCGCUCGAGCAGACGGAGGAGCAUGCGAACGGUGGCAGGAUCACAAAUCGGUAUGGGGACGCGUUUGUGCGCGGUGACAAU